AUGGGGCUCAGCAGCAGCAGCAAUGGAGCUUCUCUGCCUCCAAAGGCGGCGCCUUUAUCAGUCGCGCCGGCGACCCCCAAGUCAACCCCGAGACUACCCAUCGACUCGAACCCAUACCCGACUACUUUCAUCCAAGCAGACACCUCCUCCUUCAAGCAAGUAGUCCAGAUGCUCACCGGCGCGAAGCAAACCGCUGCUGCGCCGAAAACCUCGAUCUCGCCGGCGGGGAAGACGACGGGUCCCAAGAAGCCAGCUUUCAAGCUCUAUGAACGAAGGGGUAGCAUGAAGAAUCUAAAAAUGAUCAGUCCGAUGAUCCCGUCCUUCGCCGGAAGAUCUAACCCUAAUUCUCCGGCCGCCGCGGCUUUCUCCCCGAGGAAGAUGACGGAGAUCUUGUCGCCGAGUAUGCUAGAUCUGCCAUCGCUGGCCUUAAGCCCCGUUACUCCGUUGAACUCCGAUCCUUUCGAUCGCGACGUGUUGAAGGCGGAGGAGCGAGCCAUCGCUGAGAAAGGUUUUUACUUUCUUCCUUCACCGAGGACGACGCAUGAGCCUCCAAGAUUGCUUCCUCUGUUUCCUGUUUCGUCCUCAGAAGUUUUGUCUUCUUCGUUUACUUGAUCAAGAUGAGGUUUUUGGCGUUAUGAAAUUGGGGGUAUUGUGUCUUCUUCUUCUUCUUUUCUCUCUCUCUCUCGGGCUGGUGUGUUCGUCGUCUUCUUCCUGAUCAGGAGAAAAGGGUUGAGUUGCCAUUUGAUUGAUCUCCGAUUCAAUUUUAUAAUAUGAGCACUCUUCUUCCGGUUUUUCUGUCUGCGUUAUGUAAUUGACUAAGUUCUCUAAAGCAUGAGAUAAAUUGAAUGAUUU